UCUACAUCUAUACAAAAUUGUACUCCAUCAUAUUAUUCUUCUACUCAGUAUACAGAAUACUAUCUCUCUUACAUCAUCCCAAUAAACACCUUCACACACACCUAAAUCUCACUCCACAACCUUCCCCAAAAUCCAUCACCUCAAAUCGAUUCUCGCUACACCCAGCAUACAACUUUAUUUAUACAUAUCUCGCUGCACAUCCCCGGGUUCGCAAAAUCAUCAACACCAAUAAUAUCAAGCGAUAUCUAAAAAUGGCUUACGGCUGACCUCAGCUUUUGGAUGCUGUAAAUGUUAAGAGAUGAUUGAACUGGGACCGGGUAGAAUGGAUGGAUGGAGGUAUGGAAAUGUAAGAUAAGACUAGAUUGGAUUUUUCAUCGGAGAGUUUGUUUGUUGGCUCGUGGAGAUUUUGAAUUUUGAUGGGGAUUGGAUGUUGUUUUUUGCGGCUGUGAAGUUUCUUUUCCUGUGACUUUUUUUCCUCGUCUUUUGCUUUCUCAUAUUCUUUUACGUCUCCAUCAGCGGUUCUUGCACGAGGGAUUGAUGAAUUCAUUGUGAUUAUUUAUUCAUUUCCACCAGUGUGUCACCAGUGACGGAGACUUUUUACCUUUCCCCGCAUGCGAUUGAAGGGAUGUUACAUGCCUAGAUAUUUACUUGUAUACAUAUAUCUUGGCAUGGAUCAUUCUAUCUGAAGUUCGCCAUAGAAACUAUUUUGAAUCCUUCAAGAUGCCACUGUCGAUAUCGAUAUUUUCGCGGUCCUUGUGGCUUUUAAUAUUUCUGGGAUUGAGCUUCACGAAUGUGGGACAGGUGCGAGGACAAUUUGGAGCUGUGAGAAUGGAAAAUGAGGGGAAUGGGAAUGUAUUAAGUCCGAGAUAUUAUACGGGAUUGAAUGAGGGAAGAUUGUUGGAGCGAGAUGGGGGACUUUGUCCGCUUGGAUCUCAUUCUUGUCUCGAUAUAGAUGUAGCAAAAUGUUGUUCCAACACCGAAUACUGCUUCAUAUCCCCCUUCAAAGGUCCCUCCUGCUGCGCUAUCGGCAGUAAUUGCGAUUCACCCUGCCCCUCCGCUUCCUAUCUCAGCAACAGAACAAUCACUAUAUCCUCCACCACAACCAUAACCACAACAUGUGUUCCCCGCGCCUGUCUCUCCAUCUCUCACUACCAAUGCGCUAGUUCUCUCGGCGGAGGCUGUUGCAACUACAACGCGCAAUGCAUUUUCUCAGACGGCACUAGUGCAUGCGCCGUCACAAUCUCUCCUUCCUCAACCCCCGCUCUCGUCUCUGUCAUCCCAUCCGGAUGUACCACAAACCAAUUCGCCUGCGCUAGUUCCAUGGGUGGCGGCUGCUGCGAUAAUGGAUUCGGAUGUACGGUUCUCAGCGGUACAAAUUACUGCGCUGCUACUACCGGUACCGGAUCUGCUAUCCGCACAGGAAGCAACGGAAUCUUAGCAACCGGGAUCUUAGACUCCAAUUCUACAUCCAACAACCACGGUCUCUCCACCGGCGCCAAAGCCGGCAUCGGUGUCGGAGUCGCGCUUCUCGUAUUAGCAUGUCUAGGAGCCUGCGUCUAUUUCUUCACCAUCCAUCGGCGUCGAGCUCUCCAGUCGAAAUCCUCUUCUCAUCCGGAUAUGGAUAUUCCACCCGCUGCCAUGUCCCAGAUUUCCGGGUCUCGCUUCUCCCAGAAAUCGGAAUCGAAAGCGGGGUCGAGAAUUUUGAAAAGACAGGGUGCAGAGACAUUUGUGAGAGGGGAUUCGGAUUAUUUUGGGAAGAAAGCGCAGAGUGGUCCGUUUAUGGAGAGUGAGGAGACGAGUCCGGCGUGCGGGAGUCAAAGGGGAGUUCCGGUGACGCCGCAGAGUCCGAGGGACAUUGCGGCGCCGGUGGAGAUUGGGGGGAAGGAAAGGGAGAAAGAGGAGAAUGAAAAUAGGAAGGGGGGGAGGAGUGGAAAUGCGAGUUUGGUGACGACACCGGGGGAGGGGUGGGAGUAUUUUAAAGGAGGGAAGUCUCAGGAGGGCAUUGCGGAGUUGGAGUAA